GCGGCGGCGUGCUUGCACACAGCCAUGUUUGGCUUCUGCUGCUUGGCCUCCAGUCUGAGUCGCUUGUUCCUUUGGUUGCUGCUGCUGCUGCUGAAUCUGCCCUUGCAGGUAAAAUUUGCUAUGCUAGAAUCACACUCCUUCGACUGUCCCACUGGUGAAAACUGGUCUAAAGACGUCUGUUGCAAGAACUGUUCUGCAGGUACAUUUGUCCAGGCGCCCUGCAAAAUCUCCCAUACUCAAGGACAAUGUGAGAAGUGUCCGCCAGGAACAUUCACAGAGAAAGAUAAUUACCUGGAUGAUUGUAUACUUUGCUCCACCUGUAAUAAAGAUCAGGAAAUGGUGGCCGACUGCUCUGCCACCAGUGACCGGAAAUGCCAGUGCAAAAAAGGUCUUUACUACUAUGACCCAGGAUUUCCAGAAUCAUGCCGCCCAUGUACCAAGUGUCCCCAAGGAAUUCAUGUCCUCCACGAAUGCAACUCCACAGCUAACACAGUGUGCAGUUCAUCUGUUUCAAGAAGAUCUGCCUCAGUGGCCUGGCCUAUCUGAAUGGUUCACAAAGAUCGCAGAAACCGGCUGUUCCUACUGUUAUCACCUUUGUGUGUGCUAAUUGUAUCCAUUGUUGUCUUCUGUAUCAUAAGAAGAUAAAGGUUCUACAGAUGUUUUUUAAGCUCCCUUUUAUUGCUAUGAAGUGACAUCAUGAAGGCAACUAUUUUAUUUUAUUUUAUUUUUAAUGUCUUGAAUUUGAUUUGUAGACCAUGCUGGUCUCAAACUCACAGAGAUCCGGACUAAGACAACUCUAGUAAAGGAAAACAUUGAAUUGGGACUGGCUUACAGUUUCAGAGGUUCUGUCCAUGAUUAUCAUAGUGGGAGCACGGCAGCGUCUAGGCACACAUGGUGCUGGAGAAGGAGCUGAGAGUUCUGCAUCUUGAUCUGCAAGCAAUAAAAGGAGACUGUGUGCCACACUACACACAGCUUGAACAUAGGAGACCUCAAAGCAUGUCCCCACACUGACAAACUUCCUCCAACAAGGUCAUACCUCCUUAUAAUACCAUUCCUUAUGGGCCAAGCAUUCAAACAUAUGAGUCUAUGGGGGCCAAACCUAUUCAAACCACCACAGGUUAACAAUUUCCCACUGCAGCUCUCUGGUGGAGGCCCUCCUUGAGAGUAAGUAACAAUUUAGAUAAAGGCAAGUCCUGGUGUCAGGUCCAAAAGAAACUCAGGAUGAAUGGUACACUGUGGUUCCUAUUAACAUACUGAAGAACAUGACCUCACCUUAGACUUCUCCAGCUCACUGGCUUCCCUUCCCCUAGUUUCUCAUUCUCAGGUAACCCUGCCAUUUUUUGGUAAUGUGCCUUCUUAGUUCUUCCUCUCCUUUCCCCCUUUCUUUUGGUCCUUACUUCUCUUCCUCUCCCACUCUACACCAGCCGCCUCUUAAGGCCUGAGUCAGUCUGCUGGCCAUGUUUAAUCUACAACUUUCUCUCUGCUCUGGACUCAUCCAGAUGUCUCUAGAUGAGCUCUCCCUUCUAUCUACAAUAAAACCCUUCCCCCUAACCAGAAAUGAAACAGUCUUGUCCUCACUUUGUACAUCUGGUGCCUAAAACUAGAGAGGAACAUAUAUGGCCCCCAUCCAAGAGACUCAGCCUCUCCUAGCCAAACCAUGCUGUUGGUUUGACUACUUCCUAAGGUAUGCAUGGAUGGAUCACUUGUUCCUGCAGGCUUCUGCAACCUAACCAUAGUGGACUCCAAACCUGGAAUUCACCUCUUCAGCUGCUUCUCCCCUCUACUUGCUCUAACCAUUUACUUCUCCUCAGCACAUCAGUAAAUUUCCACUUGCCUAGCGGUGUGGUCAGUGCCUUGCUCUCACUGCUCAGUAAAUUUCCUCUUGGCUAGGGGUGUGGUCAGUGCCUUGCUCUCACUGCUCAGUAAAUUUCCACUUGCCUAGCGGUGUGGUCAGUGCCUUGCUCUCACUGCUCAGUAAAUUUNGGUGUGGUCAGUGCCUUGCUCUCACUGCUCAGUAAAUUUCCACUUGCCUAGCGGUGUGGUCAGUGCCUUGCUCUCACUGCUCAGUAAAUUUCCUCUUGGCUAGGGGUGUGAUCAGUGCCUUGUGCUCACUGCUCAGUAAAUUUCCCCUUGGUUAGGGGUGUGGUCAGUGCCUUGUGCUCACUGCUCAGUAAAUUUCCCCUUGCCUAGGGGUGUGGUCAGUGCCUUGCUCUCACUACUCAGUAAAUUUCCUCUUGGCUAGGGGUGUGGUCAGUGACUUUCUCUCACUGCUCAGUAAAUUUCCACUUGCCUACGGGUGUGAUCACUGCCUUGUGCUCACUGCUCAGUAAAUUUCCACUUGCCUAGGGGUGUGGUCAGUGCCUUGCUCUCACUGCUCAGUAAAUUUCCACUUGCCUAGGGGUGUAGUCAGUGCCUUGUGCUCACUGCUCAGUAAAUUUCCACUUGCCUAGGGGUGUGGUCAGUGCCCUGCUCUCACUGCUCAGUAAAUUUCCACAUACCUAGGGAUGUGGUCAGUGCCUUGCUCUCCCUGCUCAGUAAAUUUCCACUUGCCUAGGGGUGUGGUCAGUGCCUUGCUCUCCCACCAUGACCAGCUCUCCUAUGAUUUCCAGAUGAGGAGUGGGGUCAAUUGGACAGAGCCCUCAAACAUUUAUGUGUCCCCAAGCAGAAGCCAAGACCAGGGGUGUCUACCUGGACUUUGGUAGGAGACCCCUGCUGUCACAGGACCAAAACAGUUACCUACAGGUGCUCCAGCCCAGUCUCACAGAGUCCGUCAAUUGGGGUGUGCACUCCUAGCACCAGAUGGUCCCACAGCCUGGAAAGCAAGGAGACAGCCAGCUCCUCCCAGAAAUAGCCAACAAUCAAGCUUUUGGGCCACCCCAUAAUGAUGCCGCAAUGUCAGCAGGAAGCAAUCAUAGAUGAAUAAAUACAUCACCCCUUAUUCUUUUAUUAUCAUGAGAAGGCUGGAAUGUUUGGUUUCAGACCCCUGGACCAGUUGCUUAGUUGCAUAUUUUACAUACCAAAGCAGACCUGGCCUCCAGGUUCUCCCAGCAUCCCUCAGUCCUUACCUGGCAUACCCUGACCCCAAUCCUGAGCUUUCCACCUAGGGACUGGGCUGCCAUUCCCCCAGAGCCUCUUCCCUAUAUAAUCCAGAGGGUUUUGGUCUUCCUUGCUCUCUUUCCUUCUCUCUCUGCACAUGGGCACUUUCUCUUCCCCUUCGCCUUUCUCCCCAUACCUAUGGUAACUUCCCUCACCUUCUUCCCUGGGUCAGUGAACUCAACUGAGAGCAAUUUUCCAACAAAUCUGCCUUUAAUAUAAUCUAAUCUGGCUUGAAUGGGCUCAUUUCACUGGUGGAAAAAUAACUUAUCAUCAAGGAGUAUUUCUAACUCUUAAAAGGGCAAAGGGGAGGGUAUAGUUCACGGCUCACCAGUUUCUAUGGUUAAUUGAGUUAAGGUCUCCUUUAAGAUUGGACUCAAUCUUUCUACCUGUCCUGAACUCUGAGGAUGAUGUACAUGGUGUAAUUUCCAAUUGACUCCCAAGGCUCUAGGUAUACCUUGUACAGCCUAAGAUAUAAAUGCUGGCACAUCGUCAAAUCCUAUGGAACACCAUACCUGGGAGGAGUUCUUCGAAGAGUUUCUUUGCCACUAUAUGUAAAGUUUUCUUUUUUCUUUUUUUUUAAUCAGGAACACUUCAGUCCAUCAUGAGAAGAUAUCUACAAAAACUAGCAAAUAUCUAUCCAUAUUGACUUGGUUGGAUCUCAGUGAAGUCCAAUUCCCAAUAUACCCCUGAGACAGUUUCCCUUUCUCUUUUACCCUUGAUACAGGAACUCCCAAUAGGGUUGGUACCCAUGAGUCGAGACAUCUGGAGACUGUAUCUUGCAGAAUCUGGUCCAGACCAGGGAUAUAGUAGUCCCUGUUGAGUAAACUGGUCAAUUUAGUCAUACCUAGAUGAGUCCAACUAUGUAAUUGUGCCAACAUCCUUUCAGGAUCUAGGGAAGGAUUCAUCUCCCAUCAGUAGUGAAGUGCCAUCCUUCCUUGGCAGAGGUGUUAGAGAGCCUUUGAAUGGUACCCUCAGACCCUUUGGUGACUUCACAUAAAGGUCUAGCUAAUUCAGCAAAUCCAGUAAUCCAGAGCCUCCCUUAUAGUAUCCUGCUGACCCCCAAAAUUCCCUGAAUCAACUUUUCAUUGAUAGGAUGGGAAUUCCUAACAUUGUUUAUGGGACUUGGAUAAGGACUUCCUAUCUUCCUGGAGGUCAAAUCCCAGGAACAUGGCCUUCUUGGUGCAGAGUUAGGCCUUCUCAUCAGACAACCUGUGUGCUGGCUGAUUUUGUGUGUCAACUUGACACA